CUGUUGGAACCAACCGAGAGGUCGCCCGCGCAUCUACCUUCUUUCCUAGCUGGCUUAGGGAAUCAGGUGGUCUGCCUAUAUUUAAUUAGCCCUCCUAAUUCACGGCCUUCUCCGGUUCGGUCCCACUCUUUUCGCCAUGUCGAGCACGUCGCCAUCGGAUCCGCCCAAGAGACCGAGGCUGUCUCUGCAGAUCAAGGCUGCCGCUAAUUGCUCGACUGGUCGGACCUCGAGAUGUAUUGCUGCCGCGGUCGACGUCAAGUCGCCCACGGCCUUCAAUACCCUAUCAAAUGUGUACGCCACUGCUGUCGACAGGUCAACGCCGGUGCAGGAGAAUCCGCCAACGGCAAUCCUGGGGAGGAGGCCGAUGCUGCGUCUGCAGACACAGGGUGUGACGGGGAAGGACCGUAACACGCCCACGCCGUAUCGCGGACCUUACCUCGACACACCCAUCACGGCUCAGCCCAUGUCCCCGGCAGUCGCGCAGCAGAUCUGCUUCCCCAGCGCAGCUAUGACUGCGACACCGCCCCUGUCGGCCCAACCGCCAGACCAGACCGGGACCCAGGUCUUUACCUUCGAUGGCGCAACGCCGGCGACCGCCGUCUCGGAAGCUCCACGGGCGCCAGCUCCGGCAGCGCAGCACCCCAAGAGGCGGACAAGCAUGCCCACGGGGACAACCAAACUGCCCUACACCCACCCACGCAGCCUGCGCAGCAUUCUCCGCAACUCGCCCCUUCCGCCGCUCAGCACAAGAUCCCCCGAGUCGCCGAGGCGCCAGUCUCUCCGGCUGCAAGAGAAGGCAGCGCGGCGGGUGGCCUACAACAGCCCGCUGACGCAAGAGAUCACGACCAGCAAGUACACCAAGUCGCACAUCGACCUCCUUGCCGAGGACGCCACGCCCAUCUCACCCUCCACCUCAUCCUCCGACGAUGGGGAUAGCAGCCUUGACCUGGCCAUGGCCGACGCGGCUAGCGACAACACGCGCGAUGGUGGGCAGACUCCCGGACCGUUCGAGGAGAUGCGGCGGCGCAUGGCCAACAUGCAAGCGUCCACCCCCAUGGCGCUGUCGCCGACGGGCGGGGGGAUCCGAAAGCGGGGCGGCAAGCGACGUGAGAAGAAGCGCCGCUGGGUGUGGACAAUCGGCCAGGAUGAGGAAGGCGAGGAGAGCGAGAGCGCUGCUACUAGGACUUCUGGGGCGGCCGAGCCCGUGAAAACGGAGCCCUCCAUGUCGGUGCCUGUACUCGCCGUCCCCGCACCAAGACCGAGGACGGCGAGGACGUUGUCUCUUGAUUGACCUGUCUUGGUCCGGCGGUCUACAUUUGCUAUAGUUAAGUUCCAUGGAGUUGUUGGUUCUUGUAUGGAUUAUACUACCUAUGUAGCGGGGCGUCGGGGCAGCGAAGCAUGGCAUUUGAUACCUGGGCCGGGUCGGGGUUAUCGGAUGGAAUGUGUAUAUGUUUUAUGAGAUCCGACGGUUUAUGAUGGAUUAUCAAAAAUAAGAUGGUGAAAAUGCAAUGAAAUAAAGUAACUAAAGAUGUAGUUUUAUGUUCAACUUGGUCUGUUCUUUUAGAUUAAAAGUCGAUACGAUUCGGGCUUCGAGUUCGAGUUACUGGU